GCUGCAGAAAUCUGGCACAUUUACGUAGAAGGGGGGAAAUGGAGGAGUAGUACAAUCCCUGAAGGAUAAUGGCAGGAAAAGUAAAAUGGGUUACUGACAUAGAGAAAUCUGUGCUUAUAAACAACUUUGAGAAGAGGGGAUGGGUCCAAGUGUCAGAAAAUGAAGACUGGAAUUUUUACUGGAUGAGCGUGCAAACUAUUCGAAAUGUUUUCAGUGUGGAGACUGGUUACCGCCUCUCCGACGACCAGAUUGUCAACCAUUUCCCAAACCACUAUGAGCUCACCCGAAAGGACUUAAUGGUAAAAAAUAUUAAGAGGUACAGGAAGGAAUUAGAAAAAGAAGGCAGCCCUCUUGCAGAGAAAGAUGAAAAUGGAAAAUACCUUUACUUAGACUUUGUGCCUGUCACCUUUAUGCUCCCAGCUGAUUACAAUUUAUUUGUUGAAGAAUUCCGUAAAAACCCUUCCAGUACUUGGAUUAUGAAACCCUGCGGAAAAGCUCAAGGGAAAGGAAUAUUCCUUAUCAACAAACUUUCCCAAAUUAAAAAAUGGUCUCGAGACAGCAAAACAUCCACGUUUAUAUCUCAGUCCUCUAAAGAAGCUUAUGUGAUUUCUCUGUAUAUCAAUAAUCCUCUACUGAUAGGUGGGAAGAAAUUUGACCUCCGCCUGUAUGUUUUAGUGUCUACUUACCGUCCUCUGAGAUGCUACAUGUAUAAACUUGGGUUUUGUCGCUUUUGCACAGUAAAAUACACGCCAAGUACAAGUGAAUUAGACAACAUGUUUGUGCAUCUUACCAAUGUUGCCAUUCAGAAGCAUGGGGACGAUUACAAUCACAUCCAUGGCGGUAAAUGGACGGUGAGCAAUCUGCGCUUGUAUUUAGAAAGCACUCGUGGGAAAGAGGUCACCAACAAGCUGUUUGAUGAAAUUCACUGGAUAAUUGUGCAGUCACUGAAAGCUGUUGCACCUGUAAUGAACAAUGAUAAACACUGCUUUGAAUGUUACGGAUAUGAUAUCAUCAUUGAUGACAAGCUAAAGCCGUGGCUUAUUGAGGUCAACGCUUCUCCAUCUCUUACUUCCAGUACUGCCAAUGAUCGUAUCCUCAAAUACAAUCUUAUUAAUGACACACUUAACAUUGCUGUCCCGAACGGGGAAAUUCCAGACUGUAAAUGGAAUAAAUCUCCCCCCAAAGAAGCCCUUGGGCAUUAUGAGAUUUUAUACGAUGAAGAAAUGGCACAAAGUGAAGCGUCAGAUCGUGAUUUGAGAAGUCGUUCUGGGCAGUCCAUUGGAUUGAAGGGAACUCGAACCAGAGACACUGGGAAAUCAGGGCCCCUUACAUGGAAGUAGCUGAUGCUUCCUGAAAUUCAGGGCUGUGGCCUUUCGUAGGAAGUUUGCUUGAAAUGGAUGCUCAGAUUUUGGAUGACCUCCUUCCUGUUUGCAAAAUGCUCUUAUGGGGGAGGUAAUGUUGCGCAAAGGGGACAGAAUAUUUUUCUGUACGGCAGUGACAAGUACAUUGAAGGACUGGAAAAGAAUGGUUUAUUAGCAUGUAUAUAAACAGUCAGUUAUUGCAGUUUUACUGCAGGACUGUUAUGCUGCAUGUUGUAUGAAAUAGUUGUAUUAAUAUAUACUAUGAGUUAAUAUAAUUGACAAAUGAGCUUUUUAAAUAAAUUGCUGUGUCUUGCAAA